GUAGCGGAUCGGCCCCUCAGACGUCACGUCAGCUAUAUUACACUGUCACUCUGACUUGACUCUUGUUGGUCUGAAAGUGGCCACAGCAGAGCAGCAUUUCAAACCUCCUUCAGAAACCGCCACCGCCCAUUUCCUGUCCCCUUCUUCUCUUUCUCCACAAACAACGAUCUUGCAGUCACUCCAUCUCCUAGCUACAGUAACCGCCGGCUGGUUCCCGCCGCUCCGAACCGAGCCCUGUCGGCUGUCGCCACCGGUGCUUCCAAUUUCGCAACCAGUUCCUUCCUUCCUCUAUGGAACACAAAGAACACGAGCCGAAGAAACAGCAAGAUGAUAUUCAAUCGCCACCGCCGGGGAUGGAGGAGGAAGAAGAAGGCGAAGAUCACUAUGAAAUAGAGUCGCCACCACCGCAACAGGUGACCGAUUCGAUUCAGCAGUACCAAUUGGAAACGCAGAACAAUCGCAACAUAUCUCACCCUCCCCCGCCUUCCCUUCUUCACUACUACUCCCCUUCCUCCUACCCUCCUCAGCCGCCGCCGCAUCAACAGCAGCAGCAGGCAGCGGAGUCUCCUCCCCAGCUACUCCGAGUUCUGGAGGCGCGGUCCCCUGAGUCCCCGCCUAUCGCCCCUAUGCCGGUGGCUUCUGGGCCGCCUAAGGCAGCCCCAGAUGGAGGGGGAGGCGGUGCUCCUCCUCCUCCUCCUCCUGCUGUUGAUGGCGGUGGGAGGGCCACUAGGGGGAGAAGAUUGAGACCCAAUUUGUCGAUUAUGAGGAAGGCCAAGUUUGAGAACGUUAGGAGGGGAGCUCUCUUGGUUUCCAGGAUUUCUGGGUUUGUCUUCUGCUUGAUUUCCCUGGCUGUUUUGGCUGCUGACAAGGAUCAAGGCUGGGCACUGGAGUCUUUCUACCGCUACAAGGAGUUCAGGUAUUGCUUGACAGUGAACGUGGUGGGGUUUGUGUACUCAGGAGUUCAAGCAUUUGAUCUUGCUUACUCAAUGCUCACUAAAAGAGUUCAUAGCCCAACCGGGAACCGGCUCCGGGAUUGCUUCGAUUUCUCUCUGGACCAGAUAAUAGCAUAUCUUCUGCUGUCUGCAUCGACAUCAGCAGCCUUCAGAGUGGAGGACUGGGAAUCCAACUGGGGGAGCGACGAGUUCUCGGCCAUGGCAAGAGCAUCUCUCGUCCUGUCGUUCCUAGCGUUUGUUGCCUUUGCAUCGAGCUCGAUUCUGUCUGGUUACACUCUCUUCACUUCACAUUCAUUGUAGUACCUACUUUGAGAUCCUCCUGGUGUGCUUGGAAUGGGGAAAGAUAUACAACGGAGAAUAAUGAAUACCAUACAAACUUGCAUACAUAGUAGUGAGAAUAUCUGCAUAAUACUCGGGAGUCAGGACUAGAUAAAGAGAGACUAGAUGAGCUUGAUCGAUCAUUCUCACGAGUCACGAUCUCCUUUCUCAUCCAUGGUGAAAAUGUUGGGUGUAUGAGUUUCGAUUGGGCGUGCCAAUUAUUUGUUGUAUUCAAUUAUACGUUUAGGUGGCUUUUGAGAAGAAGGAAUUGUAAGUUGUUACAACACUUUUGCCACUCAUAAACUCAUGCAACCUUUUCUAUUACACCAUCUUAAUUUGAGAGAUCUGUUAGCUUGCCUCCCCUUUUCUUUGGUACUCGCAGCACUUCUUCUGAUUCCUCUUGUUUGCGUUCUCUUCGAUCGGGAGACCUUCAUGGAAACGAUGCCGGCUGGCCAGGGGCUACCCUUGUUCCCAAUUCUGCACAUUUUGUAUCACCUCGAAAAUGGAUGUCAAUUCUAGAUAUGUACAGUUGAAGGUUUGAGAGAGGCUCGAACUCGUCGACCUUUGAAUCAUUUUCGGGAGAAAUGAAUACCUGAUUUCUAG